AUGCGUCCAACUCCAGCUCUGAGAUUGCAAGCGACGCGGUCUCUGCGACUGCAAGCAACCAAGCCCCUGCGACUACAAGCAACUAAGCCCUUGCAAAGUGGUGGUCACCCCGAUCCGAAGAAUGGAGUUUACAUGGGAUGGUGGGGAGAUUUCGGCUCGCCACCACAGAAAGGUGUUGUGUCCUACACACUUUCGCCGAACAGAUAUGACCCGAUGGCCGGAGCUGUAAAGAAUGCCAUCUUUAACACCUACCGCCGCACAUACCACCAAAUUCUCUACUGGCUGCCUCCUAUGGUUUUGGGGUACUUCCUGAUGCAAUGGGCUAUUGAGAGAAACGAAUAUCUCAACUCGAAACCCGGGCGAGCCGAAGCUGCGGAGGAGGAGGCAUAG